AUGAAGGCUAAGGGUGUCUCCCCGGUUGUGCAGACGUUUAACAUCUUGAUAAAUGGAUAUGGUCGUGUUUGCCAGUUUGAGAAGUGUUUGGAGAUUCUUGAUGAGAUGGAAAGUAAUGGAUUGAAGCCUAACGUUGUCACCUACGGAUCUCUGAUCAAUAGUUUCUGCAAAAAGGGGCGCCUUCUUAAAGCCGAAGUCAUGCUCAAAGACAUGCUUAACAGAGGGGUUCUGCCCAAUGCGCAGAUAUACAAUAUGCUUAUAAGUGGGCAUUGCAUGGGAAGAAAUACAGAGAAUGAUUUUAAAGUUUUUCAUGAAAUGUUGAGGAGUGGCGUGUCUCCCACCAAUGUGGCAUAUAAGAGCAUCGGCAACGCCUUACUCGAGUGCCUACUCAAAUUAAGCCCCGAUGUCAUCACAUUCAAUUCCUUGAUCUCUGGCUUCUCAAAUGCCGGAAAUGCAGACAAGUGUUUGGAAUUGUUUGAGAAGAUGAAAGCACUAGGCCUCAAGCCUACGUUCAACACUUACCAUCCCUUGAUAAGCAUGUUCAACAAGGACAUACUCGAUCUUGUUGAGAAACUCGUUGUAGAAAUGUCCAACAUCGAGCUAAGCUUGCAUAAGGAAGAGCUUAUGGGUUUAGCUGAUGAUGGCUUAAAGAUUGAAUCUUGGGGUGUUGAGAAAUCAAAGGGGAGGAAGAGCGAGAUCUGUGAGAGGAGAGAUUAG